AUGUACGAGAGCGUUAUUCGUCGUGGCGGGACAACAAAGAACAAGCAGCGGGUUCCUCAGACCGACCUCGCCGCCAUCGCCGUCCCGCGCGAAGAGGAAGAUGGCGACUCUAGCAGUGGCAGCGAGGCCGAAGACGCCACACCGGCCGACGCCAUCGUCAUCGGCAAUACACAGAACGAGCAGCGCGUUCGGCGACCCCGGACACCAAAAGAGCUCGUCGACGCCGAUUUCGACGAGUACUUUCUCCGCUUUGGCCAAGUCGCCGACGAGGAGGAUGAGAAGGACGCGCGCAAGCUACAGGUCAUCGCCCGUGAGCGUCUGCGUGCCGAGCGCCACGCGAAGAAGAUGGAACGUGACGCUGAGCGCGCUCGGCGACAAUUUGAGGCUCACAUUGCGGGCAAAAACGCGGAAAAGGAGAAAGAAGAGCGAGAGAAGAGGCGGGCGGAGGAGCGCGCAGGGAAAGAGGAACGAGAGCGUCGGCGAGCCGAGGAGCGCGCAAAGGCGCCGCCGAAGGAUAAGGCGGCAGCCACUCGCACUCCUCGACCUGCGGUGAACCGCCAGUCAAAGACUCCUCGCACAACAACCUACAGCCGUCGGCGUCCGCAACCCCCAAAGGCAACUGUGCUAUCCGACUCGGAGCUGUCAGAUCCACCACCGGGCAGUGAUGAGGAGCCCCCUCGGCCGCCACCACUGGUCGAGCGCCCUGCAAAUCGUCCGUCAUCAACCUCAUCACCGCCUAUGCGGUCUCCCUCACCAGGGCCUGCACUAGACGACUACUAUGAGGCGCCUGCCUUCGACGACUACGACGAGCCUGGGUUCAAUGACUUUGCACCCGACAUCUUCGAGGACUCGGUCGAGCCGCUGUCCCCUCGCACCGCUCCUCAGCCCAAGGCCCGCAGCCGGUUGUCGUCAAGCUCGAGCCAGUCGGACGACUCUAGGCCCGAGCAAUCGGUCCAAGAUAAGCGGCAAAGGAUCGCCCGUCGCAUGCUGCCCGCGGCCAUGCUCAAGCGCCUGGAACGCGAAGCGGCUGACCGUGCCGCCCGCAAGUCUGCAGAGCAGCGACGGGCUGCUAGGAUCUCCACCGAGUCACCAGUUCGGCCAGGUCACGCCAUUGUGCGUCGCGGCAUUCGGGGCGGCGGUCUGGAGGGCAUGGACGACAUCUUUGCCGACGACGACUCCGAUGAUUCAGUUCGGGAGGGUCACGAGGUUGAGGCUGAAGAAGGAGACACCUCUGCCUCGGACGGCCCUAUCAUUGUCUUGGAUUCCAGUGACAGUGAGCGCUCCGAGGCCAUGGAAGACAAUCGGCGCCAAGACGGACUUGCGAGGCUUCGGCAGGGCGACUUUGAGGGACUCGUUCGUGGCAGACUUGCGGCAACCGGAGGUCGAGAGCGUCCACACGGCCAGUCAGCGGCAAGGCAAAAGCCUCGCAAGCACAUCCGUCGCCCGGCCAUCGGCUUCCGGCGUCGCGAGAGUCGUCAAGACGGGUCGCCUGAGCCACGCCACAUGGUACAGGCUCGCCUCGACUUCCCGGCCGUGGACAAGGAGCAGGCCCGUGAAUCGGCUCGGCGGUCAGCAGCGAAAGGAAAGAACAAGUCGACAAGGGGCCCGCGCCAGCGCCAGCUGGGUGUUACGUCCAACCGCCCAGAACUGCGUCCCGCCAUUCACCUCGACGACCGCGUCAUCUUCGCCACGGAGGAGUUUGCGUUCGAAAGUGAAACAGCCUCUGCGGCGCCACCUCCGCGCAAGCGACAGCUGGCGACCGUUACGAUGCGCAAGGAUCGUGCUGUCAACAGCCCGCGCUCAGCUGCUUCGCCUUCAAACCGCUCUGUACCUUCGCCGAGCACUCGACGCCCCACUGCUGCCCGCGUCGACGACGGAGUGGGCAAGGCGAAGUCCUGGGCCAACUUUGACCGCUUCCCUGUCGACUUUGACAUUACUCCGCUCCCAUCAGGUGUGCACCUUGCGUACGCGAGCAUCCCAGGGUCAGGCCAGCUCGUCGAGUUUCUCAGUGCCCUCGAGCGUGGCGCAGCGGCGGACGACGAAGGGCCGAAGCCCCGCCGCUCGUAUGGAGUUGACCUGUCCUCGACAAUGGCAUCGGAAGAGCUCCUCGCUGUCCUGCCCGUCCUUGUUGACGGUAUGCACACCGCCAUUGUCGAGUUUGCAGACGGUAUCUCUGUUCGCAAGCCCGACCUCGCGCCGUUCGAUUUCGUCCGUUUCGCCUUGUUGCAUUGCGACGAGACGUCUCGCGCGAAGGCCCACUCCCACUUCCAGAUCCUGGGUGACCGCCUCGAUAACAUCAACCUUUCGGGGGACAAGGCGUCCCGCCCAGCUCUGGAGCAGGUCGCUCUGGCACGCUACCGCUUGCUGGAGCUCGCACUGCUCGUGGACGACGCGUCCGUGGCGCUCGUGGCGACCAACCUCAUUCGGCUCUUGCUCAUCUACGGUUUUGACCGCACCAUGCGGCCUAUCCGCCGACUAUUGCGCGGCGACGCCGACUCGCCCGAGAUCACCGACUGGUCAGUGGCGCUGUGGGCAUCGGCCGUGCAUGUCCUCGCAGCGCAUGAUCGCAAGAGUGGCGCUGAAGGCACAUUUGGGGAUGCGCUAUCGGACGCCCUCGAGCACCGUUUCCGCAACGAAGCUGGCCCCCUCGCAGCCGAACGCAUCUGGUUUAUGGUCUUUGGUCUCUGCGCACUCUCCCAGUUUGGUGCAAACGGCAUCAUUGGGGCCCAAUACAUCGCCUAUACUCGAUGGUCGCUGGUCAAGCGCGCCAUAGGCCUUAUCAAGAUCACGCACAGCCAGGAAGCCGAGGAGGCAGCGCACCGUAACCAGCUGCAAGGGCGGGACAGGUACAUCAAGACGAUGGUGGCGCGCUGCCUCCGUCUGUCGUCGACGUGGCGGUGGUCGUUUGACCGCUCGAGCUUUUCUGUGGCCACACGCGACCUCGGCGCCGUGUUCAAGGAACGGGGCCAGCGCAACUUGCCUACUGAGCCACCAGCCGAUUUUCCCGACUUCAUCUCGCGUUUCGACAUUGGCCUCACGGCCGAGGACGAGAAUACGCGGCACGCGUCCGCAUUCGAGCUCUACCUCCGCCUCGCUUGUGUCGCUGCGUCUGACAUUAUCGGGUCAGCCGAGGCGCUCGCCGAGGCCCAGCAGGCCGAACGAGACGUUCAGCGUCUCAUCAUGUCCAUCUUCCCGCUCAGUGCUGUGCCGUUCACCCGCGCGUCUCCCCCAACGCUGCGCCAGCUCGGCGCUCUAACAAACCGGUACUCGACCAUGGUUGUCGCGUGCUACUUCUCGCCAUCGUUGCUACCCUGGCUGCUCGCAAACUCGCUCAAGUGGCUGUCGUUUGACGCAGCCGACUUUGACUCUCGCCAGGUGUGCAUCCGUGGCCUGAUGUACCUCGCCGUUGCGUGUCGGCACCAUAACCACUCGCUUGACACGGUCGUCGCGCGGUUUGCGGACAUCCUCGGUACACUCCAGGCUGAACUUGAGGCCGUGGGACGGCCGACCAACCCAGCGUUCUUCCCCACUCGGGUCGAGAUUGAGAGGACGAUGGUUCUUGUCGUCACCUGCUUCCGGCAGAUCAUUGAGCAUCCCGGGUAUCUGGCGAGACCAGAGCCAGUGUACCCUGACCCAGCGCUCCUGCACGAAUCUUGGACUGCUCGAAUCUUCAAUCUCGACCUCGCCCAGGACGUAAAAUCGGGCAUGGAGAUCGUCUUGACGAUCCAGGCGUUCCUUGAUGCCCGCAGCGCUGCACUGCCGGGCCGUGCGCGCCGUGCACUAGAGGCAAAAGCCGUCGAGAGCCUGGACGACUACCCAUCACUCGGGUUCGACUUUGACGCGGUCGAUCUCGCAGCUUUGGGUGGAGAUGAGCAGGCGGCCGUGGUCGACCCCAUCGACAAGAAGGACGGCGAAUUUGCCCAGAUCAUUCUCAAUGUCAUCUGUCCCAGGAUCUACCGCCUGCUCUCCGACAUGCUCCCUGUUGUCAUGGACGAGAUAUCCAUCGAGGCGCAGGGCGAGAGGCAGGUCUUCAUCAACAAGUUGACGAAAUGCUGGUCAGACCUGGCGGGUAUUGUUGUCAUUGAGCACCAGUUGGCAGACUGGUCGUCGUACGUCGGCGCGUUUGGCCAGCAGUCGUGGUCGCGGCUGGGCAACGAACAAGGCCGCCUGCAGGUCGGCCUACACUUUAUGCUGAACGUCGCGCGUCUCGACCCAGGCGCGUUUCGCACCCUCGAGGAAGAGUUCAUUUCGCUGCUCUUCCAGACCAUGGCAACGGACCGCCUGACAGUCGAGCACAAGUACGCGUCGGCAAUGUUUUCCCUGCCCGGCGCCAUGGACAACGACUUGUUCGAGGGCGUGGCCACUGCCGUGCCCGAACUGCACGACUUUACGCGUGCCACAUUCAUGGAGAAACGCAUCGAGGUGCUCAAGGCCAUCUUCGCCAACCUCCCCCAUCUCUUGCGGAACAGGCACACUCCGCAAGCGACCAAGACUCUCAUUUACCGCUGUGUCAACCUCCUCGUGUCCUCGCUUGUGGCAUACGAGGCCGGAAUCGACGCCCGUCGCGUCCUCCACCGCCAAUCCUACCGCGUCUUCGCGAGCGAGGUCGUUGCCGAGCUGCGCGGGCUCGCAGGCGAGUUUAUCACGCCGUCGACAGUGCCUGGGUUGAAGCAGGUCGUCUGGGGCCGUGGGGCAGGCGUGCCAGUGGUGUAG